GCAGCGAAACCACGUCCGUUCAUUUCUCACAGUGAAGCCGAGGAAGAAGCCUCUUCAGAUGAAGAACUGAGCCCUACGGAGAUCGACAAGUCAUUUGCCGAGCAACUGCGCAAUAUCCGCGAGAGAAAGGCCGAUGCCUCUGUGACUCCUCGAGGAUCUGCGAGAAAUUCUCCCGAUGCGACACCCAAAUGCUCUCCAAUGAUGCCUCGUAAACGGGACGAUGAGUCGGCCAGCGCCAAAACAAAGGAGUCUGCAGCGGCAUUGAAGCCGGUCACAUCGGCAAUGGAGGACUACACCCGACGAGAUUCACUGUCAGCCUCUGAUGCCAACGAGAAAAAGAAGUCACCCACUCCUAGUGGGGAAAUCGGAACGAUG